AUGAGAAAGGUAGUCCAAAGACAGCCGCGCCUUCAGGAAACCCCGCUGACAUCUUCUCUAGGGAAUCGCGUCCUCCACCAGGUACCCGCAGGCGCCAUAAUACCGUCCAACCUCCCAUCGGCGCUCCCCACACCACUAUUCACCUUCCCUUCGGUCACGCAAUUCCUCAUACCCACGCAACAGUUCUGCGACCGCCUACUCACUUUCUGCAUCAACCACAAUCGCGUCAUCGGAUACCCUGUUUGCAUAAGAGAAGGGAAAUACAGUAGGAAUGAGUUCAUCUUCAAUUUCGCAAUCGUGAUAGGCGAAAAUGAGCGCGACUGGGCGUGCUACGGCGAAGUCGUGAGGAAGCUUGGACGCUUGUUGAGAGGCUUAGAAGAGCAGGGCGGAUUCUUGUCCAGAGAAGAGGAGGGCGUUUGGGAAGAUGAGGGAGGAAACAUUGGGUUUGGGUACGACGAUGGCGUCGGCGGAUUUGGAAUUGGUGGUGGCAGCAAGGUGUAUGCGCUGUGUGAGAUGGUGCUUGAGGAUUUAAAUAACUACGCUGAGUGUAUGAUACCAAUCGAUGACUCGAACACGAUCAACCUGAAGCUAUUCCCUACGCGACCGCCUCCUCCACCUAUCCUCGCGCAUCAAGUGCCCUUGCUCACCAUAUCUCUGUCAAGUCUCCAGCAACCCGUAUCCUCGGACCUCACUCUCAAUCGCAUACUACCAUACAUAAACGGUAUCAACUCGAUAGCCCAUAUAGCGCAACUGGCUGAUACCGAUCUCUCGUUGACAAGACGAGCCAUUCAACAUUUGGUAUAUUAUGGAUGUUUAAUACUACUGGAUAUCUUCAGCUUCAGCGCCAUAUAUGCGCCAACAGCAGAGAUUGGUGAUUUCAUAAUGGAUGCAGAGGUUAAAGAGGAAUGUAUGCGCUACGUCAGCGUACCGAGAAUGAGACUUGGUUCAAACGCAAAGACAGCUCGGAUGGAUAGCGAAGUUUCAGAGAAGAGUAGGGACGAGCGUAGUUCGACCUCGUCUUUGUCAUCACAGCAAAGCGAGACUGUCGGAUCUACGCUUAGGGUCUCAGAGUUCGAUGGCCACAUCGCCGCUCAAAAGAAGGAAGAGGAGGAAGAGAAUGUAUGGCAGACGAGCCAUGAGACGUUAAUAACGCUAUACACAUCGCUGCGACAAGGUCUCACUUUGAAGAACUGGGUGCUGGAGAAUCUAGACUUGCUCACUGGCAUCGACGUACGCCGCUUCAUUACCUUCGGCAUCAUCAAAGGUUUCCUCUACCGUGUGCACAAGUACGCAAUAGCGACCUCAACGACCCUACCACCCGCACCACCAACGAGUCUGCAAACAAGUGCCGCGACAUCUCUCGCAAACCCCCGCGACUCAGACACCACCACAAUUCGCGGUAACGAACGAGUACACCAUUCCUCCCAACCAAGUAUCCAGACCCACGGUCACCACACUUCCCAAGCCAACAUCCACACACAUCAUCCAUCCUUUUCGAUUCACAGACCGAGCGUUGCCUCCGCGAUGCCCGGGAACCACAAUCAUCUUCAACAACAGAACCCCCAACAUCUCAGUGUUUCGAAGGGUGAAGAACACCAGACCCUCGAGGGCUUGGUGAGCGAUAGAGACAAGAGCGGGAGCGGGCUUCCUCUAUUGAGAUUCCUGGAUGGUAUGCACUGUUUCGAUGAGAUAUGUACGGAAUUGGGACUACCCGAACGUGUUGUUGAAGGGAAGGUACGGGGUAUGGGUGAGGGGGCUGGGGUCGUUGUGCAUCGAUGA